AUGGCUCUAGUUCCGUACGUGGAGAACCCGCUACCAGCUCUCUCCAAGCUCCACAACUCGUCGGCGCAGUUCCGGUUCGCCGACCGCGACCUCCGCCUGGCGCAGGACUGGAAGAGUCUCGGGGUGGCCGCGGUCGUGUGGGACGCGGCCGUCGUCAUGUGCAUGUACCUGGAGAUGGGCACGUUCGAGUUAAAGGGGAAAGGGGUCAUCGAACUGGGAGCCGGCACCGGACUGGUGGGCAUCGUCGCGGCCCUGAUGGGUGCCAAAGUGACCAUCACUGACCGAGAGCCGGCUCUGGACUUCCUCUCCGCCAACGUGAAGGCCAACCUGACCCCGGACUCCCAGGGGUCAGCGGUCGUGUCCGAGCUGAGCUGGGGGCAGGACCUCGAUCGCUACCCGGCCGGGGGGUUCGACCUGGUGCUGGGGGCGGACAUUGUUUACCUGGAGGACACCUUUGUGCCGCUGCUGCAGACCCUGGAGCACCUGUGCUCGGACACCACCGUGGUGCUUCUGGCCUGCAAGAUCCGCUACAAGCGAGACACGGACUUUUUGAGCAUGCUGAGGCGCCAGUUCAGGGUGGAAGAGGUUUACUAUGAGACACAAAGGGACAUCCAUGUGUACAAGGCCUCGAAAGUGUCCCCCAGGGAGGAUUUGUGACGACUGGGUAUCCGAUCCAUUCAGGUUCACUGCCUUCUUAGUUGUGGUAAUUCACUGUUUUUUUUUUGUUUGUUAUACAAAUCAAAUAAAGAUGUUUAAAACAAAUAUUACCAGAAA